AGUGUGUAAUAGUUUUCCUAAGCAACCUAGGUCACAGGAAGUGAGGUUAUCUCACCAGUAUGUGGGUGCUAAGGACAAAUGCAAAAAAAAAAAAAGGAGUAAAGUUUCCUGUUGGUUAAUGAAACUUUGCACAGCUGUAGUUUUUCUGUUGAGGCACACAGUUUCCAAUUCUGUGCCAAGUUACCAGGUCCUGUUUCCUGAGACUCACACAUACUAAUUCUAGCACAAGGAGUUCCCUCCUCACUCCAGCUUUUUUUAAUAUAUAUAGAGAUGAAUGUGGAGCCCAUAAUUUAUACCACACUAAAACAAGAUUCUCAGCAGAGGCACACACCAAAAAAUAAUACCAAGCCUAAAUUUGGUACAAAUGAAUUGCAAUUAACCAAGAAGGAGCUGAAACACCAGAAACUUUGUAAGAGACAGCACAAAAAGGUAGCAGAAGAUUUCAAUGACAAAGUUCUCUCCGGAAGCAUCUCCCCUCUUCCGUGGAGGUGGAUUUCUGGUGUGCUGGGUGUCACAUGCCUGCUCCUAAUGGCCGUCACCAUCGCAGUGGCUGUUUUUACUGCCAACUCAUCUUCGGAACAACCACCUCUCACAGUCCAGCAGGAAGCGAUGGAGAGUCUUUGCCUGGAACCGUGCGGUCAUUCUUGUCCAAAGAACUGGGUUUGGUUCAGAUGUAGUUGUUACUACUUCUCCAAGGAAGAGUUAACGUGGACAGAGAGCCAAUGUGCCUGUUCGUCUCUAAAUUCCAGUCUCAUAAAUAUGAACAGGGAGGAGAUGUCUACUAUGAUGGAGCUGUCAAGCACUGGCUGUGGGAAAAUAAUUCGAUUCUGUCCUCUGACAUGUUUUAUCUUUCUACACGUCCACUACAACAUGCCUGCCUAUCCUACAAAUCAACGGAAGUUUAUUUAGUUGAAAGCUGUGAAACUAAACAGACCUACAUUUUUGGUUGAAUCUAAGGAUACAGAACCCACAGAUACAGAGGUCCAACUGUACUCAAUUUAGUGUUAGUCCAAGCAGUUCUGUUGAUGAAAAUAAUCAAUAAACAAUCUAUAAGAGGAACAGAAAAGAGUUGAGCCCAAGUGAGGACUAUAGCCCAGAAGACAACUUCUCAGACGACGGUCGUGGAGAAGUAUGGUUUUCAGCACGGUUUUAUAUCUUGUCAGAACAAAGAACAUCAGUCAAGUCCGGGAUACAUUCCUUCAUGAAUUAAAAAAAAAAAACAGUAUUUACACAGGGAGUCACUACAGCCUCGAACCUGGGAAGGGAGUCAUCACUGAAGAAGGACCAGCAUUGACAUCUCAGGAAGGGAAGCAUUUAGUCUUUAUUUUUAACAUGGACAUUCUUUACUUCUGGCCAGUGCGCCCUUUUAUUCAGUAAUUAAAGCAGAUGUACAAUGUCUGUGUGAUGGGCCACGGGCUGUUUCAGUCGGCAUCAAAUUCAAGUAAACUUAUAUGUAAGCCGGAAUGACUUCCCCACACCUCAACGUGGGAAAAUUAAUUUUAUCAGUUCCUUUCACUCCUCCACACCUAGUUUACUCUACUUUUCUUAUUUAAAUAUUUCCCUUCUUAGAUGGUCAUUCUGAACAAAAAUACAGAUCAGUGAGCGACUUUUCAGAGUUUAGAUUUUUACUCUGAUAUAUAGUUUCAUAAGGAUUUUUUUAAAAAGUUUACUUACAAUAUUAAUAUAUUCCUGCCUAUUUGUCAAUAAGGCAUUCAUGCUGACAGAGUUACUCUUGUGGACAGAGAGAAGACUUUCCUGAAUAUGACAACUGCUGUAAAAUUCAGGAACGCUGUUGUCAACAGACUCUGAAGAGAAAUAGACACUUUAUUUUGUAAUAGGCAAUUGUUUUUAUUCCUGAGAUGACAAUAGCCUUUCUUAUUUCAGGGACUAUCCAUUUAGCAUAUAAGGUCUUUUCUGAACCCACAUGAAGGAAGAAUGGCCAACUACCCUUUAUAGGCUGUGAGUCAGUAGAAAUGUAAAUUAUUGUCAAAUAGUUGCAACACUAAGACAAAAAAAAAGAUAAAAAAAUAAAAAGCAAACCCCCACAAAAAUUUAGUGAUUCUUACAGUUAUAAAAUAUGAUAAUUGCCCUUAUAUAGAGGUUAUGAACUCUUCCAAAGCUUGACAAAAAAGCAAACAAAAAACAGAGAGGUAUUUAGACACAGAAAGGUAGCAAAAACAAAAUAAGAAUAUUCAAGAAUUCUCUGUAUACCCUACAAAAGAAAAAGAGAAGUUUUAUUUUUGAGAAAACUAAAUAAAACUGGAAUUAUUAUAUAUGAGUUUGUAUUUAUUUAAUAUAUGUUAUUAAUUAUAUAUUAUCUUUUACAUAUAGUGAUAGAAAAUUUUUCAACUUGAUUCUUUUCAAGUUAAAUAAUGAUUUAGAAAACAAUGCAGCACACAUGCUACUAUAAUACAUCUUUUUAUGGUCAAAUCUGAAGACUUAACAUGCCUUGUGACAGCUCACCCUGGUUAGACGUCAGUGAAUAAUAUAACUGAAUUAUUCGUAACUAUAAACAUGCAAAAUCACACAUAAUUUACAUGCAUUUUGUCCAAAUAUCCCUGAAGUGUGUUCCAAUAGUAUCCUUGGAAGAAGAAACUGAAACGCUGUUGAACCUAAAAUAAAGUUAAACAUUGACAUUCAGAUCAUCAUUAUAUUGUGAAAGUUUCAAAACAGAAAUGGUGAAAGAAUUUGAUAGCAAGCACAGAUGUACAUCCCACCAAAAUUAUACCAUUAAUAUUUUACUAUGCUUUCUCUACACAUUUCUGUCUCUCCUGCCUUUAUCCAUUCAUCAAUACAUCUUAUUCAUUUCAAACUAAUUUCCAGAUAUCAGUGCACGUGGGGGAACCCUGUGCCCUACAGCAUGUACAUUACUGACUGGAUUUCAGUACUUGUUUGCAAUUCUCUUUUUCUUUAGAAGUAAAAUUUACAUACAAUGAAAUCCGUAAAUUUUAGGGCACCAUUCAAUGAGUUUGUCCUACAGUCCAAGCCCUGACCAAGAUGAAGGAAAUACUAUUUCCCCCCAAAUUCCCUCAAGUUCAUUCCAUUAGGUCCCUCCCCACUUUUCUGAAGCUUCUCUACUAUAGAUUAAUUUUACGUAUUCUUUUUCGGGAAUUUGGAAUAAUACAGCAUGUUUUGUAUAAAAUAUUUAUUCUCUCAGUGUAAUGUUUUGUGAUCCAUCCAUGUAAUUAUAUGUGAUGUUCAGAUUUUAGUCAAAAAAAAUGUGAUACUAAUUUUCACUGAUUUUGUUUCCCUAAAUGGACAAGAUUUUAUUUUUGGCGUCUUAGAGUUUCUUUGGCUGCCUUACUUCUAGAGUAGUAUUUCCAGAAGUGAUUAUAUCAUUUCCACCAUCUUCACGGAUUUCACUCUGGUUUUGGUGCAGUUCCAUCAUAAACUGGGGCACAAAAUAUAGAGCUCAGUUUCUGAUUGCACAGGUCUUGCUUGCCAGACCCAUGACUCCCAGUGUCCACCCCAUUGUUUUCUGGUGGAAGAGACAACAAAGUUUCAGGCACUGGCCCCCCACCCACUCCUGGUAGAUUAAUUACAUGGGACACUUGACCCUUUCUUGGAGUUAUCAGUGCUGUCUUACGGCUGUCAGCACCUUUCUAAGCAACAGUGUUAUUAUUUCAGUCUGAUCAACCAAUUCCAGCAACUCGGCUUUAAUCUGGGUCAGGUUUCCAGUAUUUGAGAUUAUUUACAUUCUGAUCAUUGAUAUCAUUUUAAUAUAAAGCCAUUCAAAAUGGCUAGCAGUUAAGGUAUCUGGUCGACCACCAUGCUCCCUACCAUACUGGGGUAUCUGGUUGUUUUUGAAUUUUGAUAUGGCCGCCUCAAAAAUUUAUAAAAGAAAUGUGUGACUCUACUUUUCUUCUUCUUGGUAAGGCAAUUUGGUCUCUGAACAAGACUGUCCCCAGAAAGUGGUGUGUGUGUGUGUGUGUGUGUGUGUGUGUGUGUGUAUUUUCAACCCCCCAAAAAAUAUAGCAGGAAUUUGGCAUUCGUCUCUACUUAAAAAAAUACUGUGACUACAUCUUAUAUUUAACACAAUCCCUGAGCUGGCACUGUUGUGAAUCCUCUUUAUUGUCUGUUGGUUCUCUUGUUUACCUCAUAAGGUUUUAUCUCCUGACAACCAUGGAUUUUAAAAACUAUUGUUUUAAAAUAAAUUCUUAGCUUUCCUGAAACUGCCAUUUAAAUACGAAGGUUUUAUAACUGGUUGCUAAGAAUGGAUUGCUUCCUGUAGAACGUUCUGCAAAUCAUGCACGUUUCAUUCACCGACUAUUUCAGGAAUUAUUUUUAUCUUGAUCUCAUGAUCUAGCUUUCUAUUUAUCUAAUAUGAAUGCGUGUAUAUCUGUUUUGAUAAGUUUUCCUGUUCAAUCACAAUUUAGUUCUCUUAGGGGGAAUAAUUCAAGUUUUCAAAAGAUUGUUUCAUAUAAGUAGGAAGUAUGACAGGUAUUCAGGAAUUUUUCCUGAUAAUGCAUUUACUUCCCCAUUAUUUCCUUCUCAAAAACAUACUACCCAAAGGACUCACUUGAGAAGAAAUCUCUAGAAAGUGAAUAUAUCAUUUAGGAUAUGACUAUAACAUUUACAUGGUCCCAUGUAUGACUUGCAUCAAUGAUUUCCUCAUCACUAUGCUAUUUCUCAUUUUUGUUACAUUAAAGAUUUUGUAGCCUCAUAUCAUUUCACAUUGUUUUCUGUCUCUUCUUUCUUGUAUCCUUCCUCUUCCAAAGAAAAAUCCAGUCAUGAUUCUGAUGCUAAUGCUGUUACCUGUGACGAUGUAGGCUCGACUGAUAACAGCACUGAUGUGAUGAAGUGGUAAUGAUCUCUCACAUCCAAGCUUGUAAAUUAAGAAUCUUAAAAUGGGAAGAUUAUCUCAGAUUAUUUAGGUGUGUCCUAAACGUAAUCACAAACGUCCUUAUGAGAGAGAAACACAGUGUGCUUUGACAAGGAAUCAAAGGAGAGGGGGAGAAAUAGAUGUGGCUUUGGAAAUGGAGAUUGGAGUGAUGUGACCACAGUUCAAGGAAUGCUGGCAGCUGCAAGAGACUGAAAAAGACCAGGAAAGGAGUCUCCCUUGAAGCUUACAGAUGAAGACUGUCCUGAUGAAACCUUGACAUCAGCCCCACAAGACAUUUCCAAUUUCUAGCCUCUAAAACUAUAAUAGAAUAAAUUUUGGUUGUUUUCCUCUG